GCAUCUUCCCAUAUCGUGUCUCCACUCUGUACAUCUCCACUUCCGACGUCACAAAUAAUCGGACUCUUCGCCUUCAUCGCUCAACGCAGUUCGCAUCGUAGCGAAGAUCCCUCUCACUCCCUGAGGGCCGACUUGCCCUCUUCUCGUCUCAUCUCGCCUGGCUAUAAAACCAUCCGGUAUCCGGUGUGCGCACUUGCGCAAUCAUCAUCGAUCGUUUCCAGGACUCCGGCGAAUUCUAUGCUAGGGUCUGGCCAGUACAUCACUUAACCAUUUUAUCUGGUACUGGUACAUCGCUCCCACCUUCAUAACGUUGCAAUCUAUCUUCAAGCGUCGAGCUCCACAAAAGCUUUCACACAAAUUGUUGGUGUGUUAUAACCGCCCCUCCUUUGAAUACAAGUGCUCCACUAUUGUUAUUUUCUUCUUAACCACUUUCAUUUCACCACUUGAGUCUCAGGCUGCCAUUGCAUUGCAACAAUGGCAACGGUUACAGCAACAAUGGACGAUCUCAUCGCCAGUCUCUCUGGGAACAUGCACGUUUCUCAGGAGGGAUACGAUCUCAAAGCUCUUCAUGAGUUCCUUGCUCAAAACUUGCCACUUUCGUUUCCUUCACCCACUGCUUACGCCUACCCUGUUGCUCCACGACCACCUCCAUUAAGCCGCAAACCCUCUUCCCUCCCUUCCUACACUCACCCAUCCCCCACUCCCACUUCUCUCCCGCUGCCUUACACACAAGCACCCCACCCUCCUGUUUCAUAUGAAAGACCCCAAUCAAGUCAAACUCCAGCCCAGAGACCAGCGCUACCAAGGCGUGCCAGCUCUUUCGGCACCGUCCCGCACAGUUAUGCUCCUGCUGCUAGUAACUAUCAAGCACCAGAACCGAGCUAUGCAGCGUUCGAGAGCGAUGCUUUUGCGCCUUUUUGGCAAGGAGCCGUGGAGGAGACAGGAAGGGAAGAUCCUUGGGCGAGGAUCAGGGGCGCACCCACUGGUGACUUUGGGUUUGCAGCCGCUCAGGAGCAACCGCAAAUCACGGAUGGGGGUGGCAAACACGAGUAUCAAUGGGGACUUCAGCUUGGGGGCUGUGGACAGUCUCAGCGGAAGGUGAUGGCCGCCCAGAGUAACGAGGACGUAGGAAUGGAUAUGGAUGAGGAUGAAGAUAUGGAGGACAAUGAAUUGGUUGAGAGCAUGAUGGAGUGCGGAGAUGAGGACGACACUUGGCGACGAGACAAGUGGUGAUAACGUCUUCCUCCGUUCGGGAUUUCGAAAUAUAGAAACAAAAAGUUGUAUAUUACCUUUGUUGUGAUUUAAUGCCUGCACACAUAUAUGUAUUACGAUCAUUGCAUGUUGGUAGGAACGUUAUCAACAUUCUGUCACCAUAAUAUCAACGUCAUGUUCGUAACAACUUCUUCGAUGCUUGCUUUCCAGUAUCUUCAUCCAAGUCCCGAUUUCCGUUACUUUUUUUCACAGCCAUUGGCCAUAUACCUUUACAUAUACUCAGCAUGUUGGGUACUGACGGUGAUCCAAUAGAUAAUUUGCGUCACACGGCUUGAGUUUGCCGACAGAGGAGAAGUAAAAACAUAACGGAGAGGUAGCAAAAGAGAAAAGGAAGGUGUGGCUUCGAAGAACCAGAAGCGAUGGAGCCAUUUUGAAUAUCAUAUAUGGAUCAAAACGCCAUCAGGACGUCAUUUAGUAGCAGCUGCUGCCGCCGUUAAACGCCGCUGCAAAUGAACGAAAAUGAUCGUUGUAGCGGCGUCAGUCACUGUCCUCGUCGGUAGAAGCUGGAAAACACCUUGUGCUACUUUAGUUUUGUGUCCUCGGUCGUUUAUCUACAGUUGUACUUAGAGCGCUAUGUUUAGACGUUGUUGUGGCUAGCUAGAGGGUUUGAAAAGCAUAAGCUGCUUUCGGUGAUGCAUUGUUUGCUUGAUGGGCCGUUCCUUCUA